CGGCGGUCUCAAACCCUAAUUAGAAGAGUCGAAAACGUCGGAGUUGGGCGGCGAAGAUGACUUUCAAGCGCAGAAACGGCGGACGCAACAAGCACGGCAGAGGUCACGUGAACUUCAUCCGCUGCUCCAACUGCGGAAAGUGUUGCCCUAAGGACAAGGCUAUCAAGAGGUUUCUUGUGAGGAAUAUAGUGGAGCAAGCUGCUGUGAGGGAUGUGCAAGAGGCGUGUGCCUUUGAUGGAUACACACUUCCGAAGCUGUAUAUUAAGGUGCAGUAUUGUGUCUCCUGCGCAAUCCACUCGAAGGUUGUCAGGGUGAGGUCUCGCACUGAUAGGAGGAACCGAGAGCCACCACAGCGCUUCAGACGCCGGCGGUUUAUCAAGAGGCAAAAGAUAACUCUUUUUGAAGUUCUUGAGAAGGUGAAAGCCGAGUUGAUGAUUCUCGGCUUCAUGUCCUUGCUGUUGACGUUUAGUCAGGACCAGAUCGCGAAAAUCUGCGUGCCAAAGGCAGUUCCAGAUUCUAUGCUGCCAUGUCGCCCUGAUGCAGAGUCAACUGGCGGAAAUAAAAGGCGGCUGCUCGCGCUGGUGCUGACGGAGUCACACCUGAAGCGCAGGAUUUUAGCUGCUGAUGGUUCAGUGGUUGAAUGCCCCCCAGAAAAGGAGCAACUGAUUACUGCCACAAGCUUGCACCAGUUGCACAUUCUGAUCUUCUUUUUGGCUGUGUUUCAUGUGGUAAAUAGUGCUCUUAUAAUGAUCCUUGGAAGAGCAAAGAUACACAGAUGGAAGGACUGGGAAAAGGAUACGACAUCGGCUGAGUAUGCCUUCAUGACUGGUAUAUAUAUGUUCACUAUUCUUUGUUUUUUUGUCCCAGAUUUGCAUCCUUGGAUCCUAGUUUGAGUGGUAAAAGUGCAGAACCAGUAUAUCGUGAUGCAAAAGGGAAAGCUAUUUCAAAGGAAGAGCUACUGAAACCAAAGGAGGAAGAGAAACCAAAGG